AUGCAUACCAGACCAAUCCAUACAACAAGCGCGCCAAACCAUAAUGAUAAGUUGGGUAUCCUUGAUAAUCAAUAUCAAGGCUCGUAUCAUCAACAACCUUACCAUGAUGGAAAUCAAACUGGAUAUUACCAGUACCAAAAUAAUGAACUGGGUAUUAAUGAUGACCAAUACCAAGGCUCAUAUCAUCAGCAAACUUACAAUACUGAUAAUCAGUUGGGAGAUUAUCAGUUCCAAUAUAAUGAUGAGGUGAAUAUUAACGAUGAUCUAAACCAAGGUUUAUAUCCGCAACAACCUUACCAUGAUGAUAAUCAAACUGGAUAUUACCAGAACCAAUAUAAUGAACUGGGUAAUAAUGAUGACCAAUAUCAUGAUGACCAAUACCAAGGCUCAUAUCAUCAACAAACUUACCAUGAUGAUGAUCAGUUCGUAAAUGAUCACCAAUAUAACGAGCAGGAUGGAAUCAAUGAGGAUCGUCACAAAAAUUUCGGGUCAAAUCCUAAUAAAAAAGGAUUUAAUCUUAAAAAAGCUCAAAGAUACCUCUAUGAAUGUUUUCAAAAAGCAUUAAACAAAUACCUUUGCGAUGAUAAUCUGUAA